AAAUUAUUCUUUAUGUCUUCGGAAAUUUGAAUAUAACUUCAUAAAACUCCGUAAAGUAGUUUUAGUCAGGCAUGUAGGCGGACAGGUCUGCAGCGGGGUCCUAAGAGGAACAGGAAGAGAAGAUGACGGUUCAUAACUUGUACAUCUUUGACCGUAAUGGAAACUGUUUGUAUUAUAAUGAAUGGAACCGUAAGAAGCAGGCGGGGAUCUCCAAGGACGAGGAGUAUAAACUGAUGUAUGGGAUGCUGUUCUCCAUCCGCUCCUUCGUCAGCAAGAUGUCUCCUCUGGACAUGAAGGAGGGCUUUCUGUCCUUCCAGACCAGCAGGUAUCGUCUCCACUACUAUGAGACUCCCAGUGGACUGAAGUUUGUCAUGAACACUGAUCUGUCAGUGAGCAACGCUAGAGAGACACUGCAGCACAUCUACAGCAAUCUGUACGUAGAGCUGAUUGUGAAGAAUCCAGUUUGUUUGUUGACUCCCAGUCUGGACAGUGAACUGUUCAGCAGCCGACUGGACGCCUUCAUCAGAGCUCUGCCGUACUACAGCCCUAGAGCCGCCUGAUGGCAGCAACGCAGGACGUGUUGGAGUACACGCUGUACAUAGAACACACAGUACAGAGUACACAGAGUACUGAGUACACGCAGUACAUAGAACACAUCGUACAUAGAACACAGAGUAAUUGUCCACACAGUGACACCGUUUUGUUGUAUUUAUUGUGAGCUUGAAUGUGAUGUUUUGUAUCUGAAGCAGAAUGAAAUUAAUGUGAAAAAUGA